UAUGACUUUCGGUGGAUGCGGCUGCGUUAGGAGGCUGUGUCGUAUGUGACCCGAGUGAGUGUUAUGAUUGUAGGCAGUGAGUUGUUGUCGGCGCAUUCGCCGGCACGGUGGAGUCGGGGCACACCUUCACGUUCUCCGGCUGCUGAGAUCCCACAUCGAUCUCUAAAAUUGCUCGAAGGCUGAGGCGACUCAUCCCCGCCGGUUUUCGCCAAAAGUUAGAUCCGGAGUUCCGGUCGGAGAGAGCUGGAGCAGGAGACAGAGUUGCGGCAGCAUGACAGCGACCAUGCUGACUGUCCUGCUGCUGGCGAUGCUGCACAUGGCAGUGGCGCAAGAGCACGCCUGUCGGGAGGAGGGUGACGAAGUGGUCUGCAUCACUAACGAUGGCGCGGUGCGCUUCCUGGACAAGGAGGCGACGUGGCAGCAGGCGCACGAGAGCUGCCGGCGACGGGACACGUUUCUCAUCACAUCCGAGGACGUCGCCGAGACGGUGAUGGCUGACCUGCAGCGUCAUGAGCUGUAUCGGCAAGGCGACUUCUGGGUCGGCGCCAAGUACCUCCGGAACGGCUACUACCACUGGGUCUUCCCCCCGCAAGAUCAGGCAGCGUACAGCAGGAUCGAAGCGCGCGCCGGAGUGGACCCUUCGCAGCUGUGCAGGAGAGUGGCGCUGAACGGGACGGAGUUCCGGCUGGGGUGGGCGCAGUGCUCGUCUCACCUGAGGGUCGUCUGCUUCGCCGACAGAGCCACGGUGGCGGAGACGAGGCCGGCCGGCUACCGGCCGUUGCUGACGGUUCUCCGUGACGGAGCCGCGGUCGAGAGCACCGACGAUAACGACGGCAUCGACACGGUGCUGCAGGUCUCCAAUCCGGACCAGUUGGCGCAUCCAGGGCUGACGUUACGCUGCGGUGACGGAGACAGCGUUGUCAAGGAUCACUUCGUUCUCGGCAGGUCUGAGUACCAGACCAGCUGGUGGCGAGGGAACUUCACCGUGCUGAGGCAGCUGAUGCCUCCGGCUGGGCCCAGCACGCUCGGUGUUGGGGCCUUCUGGUGUCAGCGGUACGUCAGUGGGGCUGUGGACGCAGUCAUCAGCAAAAGACUCUUCGUCACGACGUCGAAGAACAUGCAUGUGCUGGUGGGCAGCCGCGCCCACGUCGUGAACUUGCUACAGGCUUUGCUGUCCGGUGGUGACGAUAACAAAAGGGGCUCCCAACGCCAGGGAGAGGCAGAUCUUAAUCGCGAGUUGGCCGGACGGGACUUCGAAACAGAGCUCAGGCGGUUGGCCAAGCGUGCCCGCGAAGCCAGCAGCGCUGAUCUGCGGUACCUGGCCGUCUACGACUUCUUCGAUCCAUCAACCAGCCGCAAAGAAGCAACCCAGCACGCGUCGGAGACGGCCCUGGACGUGACUGUGACGCUACUCGUGGAUGUGUUCAAUGUGAGCAUGCCCUCUAUUCCGAUGGCCUUCCGCUGCCAGGCCGAGAGUGCCUCUGGGACUCGGACCGCUGAUGGUGAAGUGACACGCUACCGGUGGAAGACCGUGGCGACAUCGUCAUUCGUCCCAUCAGAUCCAGAGUGUGUGGCGGCUGACGGCGUGGCGCGUGUGGAGAGACGCUGCAUCCCCAGUCUGGACGGAGGCGCCACCUGGGGCGCCUUCUGCGCCGCGGGAGCCUGCGACUCCGAGCUGCCCGCCUGCGGACCGCCACCAGCCGUGUGCCCUGCGGGGUUUUUGCAAAACGACGCGGUCUUCGCGCAGAAUUGGCGGGGUUCAGUCCCAGGCCCGCUCUGCAUGCUUCGCUUGAACGCCACUCACGCGAGACGCAAAGCUGAGUGCCGCUCUAGACAUCCGAAGGCGUUCGAGAUCGAGCCGCACCACCUGCCCUGGACGCAGCCAGCCGAACUGCAGAAACUCGUCGGUGACCGGCCGGUCUGGCUGUCAUCGCACAGACUGUGGCAAGAAGGACCGCUCUGGCCACUUCGCUUGCCUUCGAAUGAGGCGAUCUUGGGAACUCAGGUGGACCUGGACCUAGAUGGGAACCUCGACUGCGUGAUUCUGACGCCGGACCUGGUUCUCCGCAGCGUUGACUGCAGUGAGGUGCACACAGUGCUCUGCGUGGUCAGAGCGGCGCUGUACAGCCAUCUCGAGACGGCCACCGUGCUGUGGACUCCUCUCAAUGAGCGUCCAUCGCACAGCAUGCAUGCACCGACCAUAAACCGCGACGUGUCCGUCGUCCUCUCGGACUCCCCCGUCUCUUGGGCAUUGGCAGCGGUUCGGUGCGCGGAAACCAACUCUUCUCUAGCUAGCGUGACAUCACGAGUGUAUCGAGACACAGUCCGGUCUUUAAUAAGGUCGCUCUUCCUACCAAAACGCCUGAAACUGGCGGUGAACCUGGUGCGACAGGACGAGCUGCGGUGGGGUGAUGCAACGCCACUGAGUUAUCCUGCGCUGUCACCAUCGCUUUCUGCGCGUCGUCAUGACGACCGCGCAAUCAUGGACGCUUCCGAGGGCCAGUACAGCCUCAUAAGCGCUGAAGAGUUUACUGUAGACGGCGCUGUUUGUGAGCAAACAGCUAGCCUGGAUGCACCAAAGCUGCAUUUAUUUAAUGAGGGCCGCGCAUUCGGCGCUGGUGCGUUGAAAAGGCCUUUUAUUUUUAUGAACGUCACGAAUCCGGACAAGGUUCUCUUAAAUCCCCGUCAAUUCAGCGCGAACCAGAGCGAUCCGAAUGCAUUUUUCGAGUGUUUCGUUUCCACUAGCCAAAGCUCCGAAAUGGGCUAUCGAGUAGUUGAGUUGAGUGCGGUGAAAAGCGAGGAUCCGCCAGGAACAUUCGUGAAGGUGCAGCUCCUCGUCGACUUUGGCUAUCUCAUCUGUGGGGCGUACGCCAUGGAACCUCACGGGUACAUAUUAUCCAAUGCGCUGCUGCUAACUGAGCGAACAGGCAGGUCCAACCACGAUCCCGGUGUUGAGGAGUUUCUUGUCGGCUUACGACCCGUGGGGACACAAAACAGGACCAGAUUGCAGUUUCAGAAGGAGUGCGACCCCACGUUCUGCCAAGGGGUUUGUCCGUGUUUUAGCAUGCCACAAAGCUGGACGGGUAACUCAGAGAUUUAUUCGGUACGGCUGAGGCCUUUGCGCGCGACGCGCUCGGGCGACGGCAUCACGACAGAACAUUACCUGGCCACCCUGACCAGGGUGCUGUCCGUGGACAAUCGGCAACAGCACUCUGUUGACCCUGCCGGCAACAGUCCGGCGUUCCGGGAGAACGAGACGGGGAACAGUGAAGAGGACAAGACGGGGAACAGUGAAGAAUACGGAGCUCAGGUAAUGCGGAACAGUUUCGGAGCUCAGCUGGUAUCGCUGAAGCAGGCACGCUGCUGUCCGUGGCAGCGCACCGAGCGGCCAGAGCGACUGACAUGGCAGCGGACCUGCACCGGGGACCCAGCAGCCACCUCGCUCGAGCUGUGCACGGACGAGGACGGCCAUCCGGUCUUGCGCUACUGCCUGGGCGACCCGCUCGCGGGCGUCGCGUGGGGCCCGGUGACGCCGGAGGACGCCGCCUGCGCCGCCGUCUCCAGCACCUCCAUCGCUCUGCACAAGCUGGGGCGGACCGAAGUCAACGCCAAGAACGUGGGGAGCACGGUCGGCCAGCUGGCGUGGCUGCUGCGCGCGCCGGCGCGACUGGUCGCACAGGACGUCGUCUCGGUGGCGGUGACGCUGGAAAACGCGAAGCGAGAGCUGGUGUUCCAGCCGCCCGCCACAGCCGUCGCCGCGAGGGGCCUGCAGAUUACGGUCGUCACGGUGGUCGAUCACAUCAUGAACGCAGACAAAAGGACGCUGAAGAAAGCCACCAAGCUGGUGGGUGCGGGACCGCGCAUUGUGCGUGCGCUAGAGGACAUCCUUAGCAUAUCGUCUAGCUUGAACCUGCCCUUUGUGACGCGCAAGAACGUGGCAGUGCGGGCUGGCGCCUUUAGGGGCGUCACCUCAUCCUCGCAGGACAUUCAGAGCUCCUCGGUGCAGCCAAUGACAGAUGCGAGCCAGCUGUCCGUGUCCUUCGGCCAGGAGGCGGCGCUGGUGUUGAUAGACAGCCAGCGGACUGUUAACGCCACCUUCCUCACGUUUCGUGACGGGCGCCUACUGCAUUCGCCCGGUCGGCGCAUCGCCAGUCAGGUGGUCAGCGUGCUGAUACAGGACGCGAACGCGGAGGACGCUCCUUGGAAGUCGGUGGAGAACGUUCCUUGGAGGACGGUUCUGACCAAGUUCCGCAGUCACGUGGGGCCUUGCGCGCCCAUCCCGGCCUGCGCCUUCUGGGACUUCCACGCCGCCGAGUGGUCAACGCGCGGCUGCCGCCUGAAGGAGAUACGCGACGGCAGUACCGUCUGCUUGUGCAGCCACCUGGGCAGCUUCGCGCUGGUCUUGAACGACACGCGGAACGCCUACUUGAGCAAAAUGCAGCAUCGCCUGCUGGACAUCCUCACCUACGUCGGCAUCGCAUUUUCGCUCCUCGGUCUCGCGUGCACUAUGCUCACGUUUGUGCUGUUCAAGAAGUGGCGUCGUCCUCGUGGCAACCAAAUCAUGAUGCACCUCAGCGCGGCGCUGACCGGCAUGUACAUCAGCUUCCUAGGUGGACUUGCCGCCACCAAGUAUCCCGUCGCCUGCGUGUGUCUGUCGGCGCUGCUGCACUACUUCGUGCUGGCGGCGUUCGGCUGGAUGGCCGUGGAGGCUGUGUUCCAGUACCUGCGGUUUGUUCGUGUGAUUGGCACCUAUAUCCCCUGUUUUAUGCUGAAGGCAAGCGUGUGCGCGUGGGGCUUCGCCCUGGUGCCGGUGGUCGUCAUGUUCCUCGUGGCACCCGACUGUUACGAGGGGGACACGGACGUCUGCUGGAUAGACUACGACAGUUUCUACGAUGCGUUCGCCUAUCCUGUUCUCGCCGUAAUUGCGUUCAACGCGGCUGUGUUCGGCAUGGUGGUGUACUCGCUGAGCUGCGGCCGCCAGCAGGGUCUGAGGACCAACCAGUCGGAGCGGCGGCAGGCGCGCAUCCGAUUGCGCAUGGUUUUCGUCAUCUUCGUGCUGUUUGGCCUGCCCUGGGUGUUCGGCUUCAUGGCCAUCAGGGAGGCUCGAUUCUUCUUCGCCAUCCUCUUUUGCAUCUGCAACAUGUUUCAAGGGUUCGUGAUAUUCGUGAUGAUGGUGGCCGGGGAGCGAAGCGGACGAGAACUCUGGAGCACAUUCCUGGUGAGCAAGUAUCGUAGUGUCGCCGACAAAACGCGUGCCACCGCACGCGCUCAGUGCGUCACCAAGCUCACCAACUCCGCCACAGCAAAAGAGAAGCGCGGUCGUGAAGAGACACGCCUGUGAAGAAUUGAAAUCAUAAACCGACCGAGCAGUGGGAGGCGGAGUGGAUGGGGGAACGGGUGUAUCGAAGGAAAUGACAUCCAAGUGUAUUGCCAGGUACAGGUUAGUGACAUGUUCACCCGAGCCUUUCGUCACCUUUUUCGGGCAGGCUUCUCGCCGCCAUACAAUAGUUCUGAAAGACUUUGGCUUGGGCAUGAGCACCGCGAAAGAUGCGUAUACGGUAGUGGUUAUUUUAUGGACACACGUUGUCCUCCAUGGCGGCCAUUGCGAAAAUCUUUGAGCUGACAGUCGUGUGGUUCGUACGGUUCUGGUUAAAAAAGGCUUUUGAGUUUUCUGCUCGUUUCAAGGGAAUGAAAUUAUAUAGUUUUUGCUUGACUCCGCUCGUUAAAUGUUGUAACCAGUGGAGACAGGCUGUCGUCAGAGACUGGCGAAUUCCAGGGCACAUGAACACGGUGUCAUCGGUGCGUGGACGAUGCUAGUAAAAUGGAUUAUCCGCACGCGCUGCGAGUCUCUCACUGUGAGUCUCUUGCUCAGUUAUCUGCAUACGCCAUAUACGAAGACGCGUGGAUGUAGGUUUCAGCGUGUGUGAGUAUCUAUCAGCGCAUUAAUAAAACAGAAUUAUGCAACAAAACAGAACUGUGAACUAAACUAAAACAGAACUGUGAACUCAGCGCAUUAAUAAAACAGAAUUCAAAACAUGUGGAUUAUAUGUCAUUUACUUAUUAAAGAAAGAAUCGCUUACAAUGUCGGAGCAAGUGAGAUGCUUUUUGCCCCGUGAUCACUGUUGCCCGCGUGGUGUCACUUGUUUGCUCGAUCUCACAUCUUCUGCUUGCAUUGCUAGUUUGACGUGUGAUAUCCGCAGGCGGUCCUGUUUUUCUUGUUCUCAAGUAGUCACGAGAUAUGUAUUGUGUGCAGGGGUGUAGUUUGGUAUUCAGCUGGGCGGGGGGGGGGGGAUUUCAGCCCCCCAACUUGGGCUCCAGCCCCCUUCCCCAGCUUUAAAAAACGUGGAUCAAAUGCGGGAACGUCAGUUUAUUGGCGGGUUUUAGGGCAGGUUUCAUAAUUUGAUCACGGUUGGGCGCCCCAACUCACUUUGCAAAACUAUGCUACUGCUUGUGUGCAGACAACAACCCUCUGGUCAUAUCGUCCAUGGCGUGAAUGGUGCACUCAUGCGUGCAUAAAUAACACCUAGGUGUUAUGCAAGUACCUAGACUAGACUGAGAUGUGCUCAUUGUACGGCCUUCUGAAAUGUACAACGAAUAAACGGAAGUGUCGCCGUGUUUGAUCCAUGUUGUAGAAGCUUUGAGGUAAUCUAAGUUUGUAACGUUUUGAUUUGCGGGUCAUGGAAAACCAGGAAGCAAAACAGCGCUUUGCGAUUUGCGUAUUAAUUCUAACUACAGUCACAUCCGUGCUGCGGUAGCUCACAUUGCGGGAUCAUCCAGGUGGAAAAACAAUGAGGACUAAAGGACUUGGCACACGCAUGCUCUGUCCGUCAUGUAGGUCUUCGAAUGUCCUGACUGCCAAGUGCCUUUGACAAACUGAAACGUCUUCGACACAAAUGUUUAGUGCUGAACUUCAUGUUUUCGUCUUGUAUGAUCUUUGAAGCCUUUUCGACCAGAUGCGAUCAUCCAGCGAUUUCAGCACUAAUGAACAUGGUUCCGUUACGGCACAGUUUGCCCGUGAUGUUGGUUUGAAAGCCGCGCCACCAGAUGCGCAGGCGUCGUCUGAUUGGACAAGAGUUGAUGACAUCAGUGAAACAGGCGCUGGGGAUGAAGGGAUGGCAAGGGCCUGAUCAUAUUGCUGGAAACACGCUCUGAACUCUGAGUGUACCAAGAUAGCCAUCAGGUAACAUUGAAGCAGAA